GCCCAGCUUGGUGCCCGGGAAGGCGGCCAGGGUGCCGCGGCAGGCUACUUUCCCCAAGCCCUCUGCAAAACUGCUCUACACAAGAUUAAAGAGAAUUAAAGGGGCAUCCAGGUUUCAUGUUCGGCCUGGAUCUUUCUGAGGAAAUUACUUUCUGGGCUCAUUACUUUGGGCUCCGCAGCUGGAAAGAGCCAUCCAAAGGACAGUUGUCAGCUAGUUGCAAGAGAUGAAACCAAUGGAGGAAAAGAUCUUCUUGAACAUUGGGGGGCUCCGGUACGAGACCUAUGCCAGCACCCUCCAGGCUUUCCCUGGCACCAAGCUAUGUCGCCUGACGGAGCCCCAGGCAGCCGCCACCUUUGACUGUGACCCGGACACCCAGGAGUUCUUCUUUGACAGAAGUUCCUGCCUCUUUGAGGACGUGCUCAACUACUACAGAACCAAACAGCUCCACUGCCCUGACCUGACCUGCAAGUCAGCCCUGGAUGAGGAGCUGGCCUUCUGGGGGCUCAGCAACGCCCCCCUGGCACCCUGCUGCUGGCAGAAAUUGACCAUCGCUGAGAGGCAAAAGGAAGAGUAUGGCAUCCGGGAGGAAGAGCAAGAGGUCGCUGGGCUCCUGGACCAGGCGGGAAGGAACCAGAGCGCCGGGAGGGGCCGAUGGCGGACCAGAAUCUGGGCCAUGUUUGAGAAGCCCUUCUCCAGUUUAAGUGCAAAGGGCUUGGCUGCUGUGUGUCUGCUCUUCAAUAUAGGGAUUUGCUGCCUCUUCAUUGCCAAAGCUUUCGAAGACACCCAUUUUCUCCCUGUUUACAUCCUGGAAAACCAGACCAAUCCUACUUCAGUCCUUCGCACCGAAGCUCACGGUUUCUUUUAUGUCAAGCCGCUUUUCCUCCUUCACUCGGAACUUUUCUGCGUCCUCUGGUUCAUGCUUGAAUUUCUUUUGCGACUCCUUUCCUGCCCAAAGAAGAAGGAAUUCCUCCAAAGCCCACUGAACGUGGCCGACUUUCUCUGCCUCUUCCCCGUUUACAUCGAGCUUCCCUUGCAUUGGCAUCCCGCAAGCCAUCGGCGUUUGUUAUUCUGGCUGGACUUUUUGCGUGCCUCGUACUUCUUCAAGCUCUUGAAGGUUCUCAAGCUGGUGGAGACCCCGCUGAUGCUGAGGGUGCUCUCGUACACCUCCCGGGCCCUCCUCAGGGAGAUCGUCACCCUCCUCCUCGUUUUACUCUUCGAAAUCCUUUUCUUUGGUUCUCUCUGUUAUUUCGUAGACGUAAUAGAAGAUAACGCAGAUACGCAGUUUGGGGACAUUGGCUCAGCUUUCUGGUGGGCGCUGGUCACCUUGACUACUGUAGGUUAUGGAGACAUUGUACCCAUCUCUCUGGUUGGUAGGAUGAUUGGCGCCUGCGCAGCACUCUGCGGUGUCCUGACCAUUAUCAUCCCGAUUCCCUUCUUCUGUAUCAAAUUCCAAGGCUAUUAUGAUGCGGUCAUGGUCAAAGAGAAGAGGAAGAGACAAACAGUUCCCUUGCCAUCAUGAUGGAUGGACAGGAUGCUUCCAGGGUUUCAUCGGAAAAAGGUGUUUUUAUACUUGCGGAUUGCUCCUGCUCGUUCCCCCCCUGCACCGUGUGUCUUCCCAUAGGAAAGGUCAAGGCUCCCAUAAAGCCACUCUCCUUCUUCUCCACAACGGUCAUGAUCAUCCCCAUCAAAGUCUUAUUUUCAAAAUGUUUCAAAGUAAUUUUGUAAAGCUGGCAAGUAGCAGCCUCUUUCCCCAUAGGGGCACAAGCUUAUUAAUUUGGAGUC